GUGAAGGUGUGAAGCGUUGUAUGUCGGUAUUAUUGAUUGUUUACAUUUCUGAUGAUAUUCAUAGAUUCAUUCACAGGAUUAACACUUUCGAGAUCUUCUAAAACAGUAUUAGAAGUUCAGUUGAUGGGUGAUUCAGCUAUUUAAUAGUUAUGCAUUGACUUUAGACUAGACUGCUGCUCAAGUCAAUAUCCCAUACUGCAGAUCUGUUGGUACUGUAUUGUACAGUAUAUGCAUUUUAUAUAGAAAACCAUUAAUUGGAUUAGAGAUUGCUUUCAAUAUGAGCAAGAAACUGGAUUAUUCAAGUGCUGAUUUUAUUGAAUCAACUCCAAACUGGCUCAGUAAAGCUAACAAGAACAGUAAGUUUGAUGAUUUAUUGAGAAAUGGCUGGGAUAAAGCCAUGGAAGAAGGAGUGUUUAGAUACACCAUGGGUCACCUUGAAACAAAAAUAUUAGAUGGACCCAAGCAAUAUGUAGCUCAGUUGAAUGUGAAGAGAGCAACAGACAGACGACAACCACAGAAUAUUACUAGUCUUAAUCAGCCCUUUAAUCCAGAUACAUUUAAUUUUACCAAAAUUAAAGAGACAGAAAUAUUGUUAACUAUAAAUAAUACAGAUGAUGAAAAAUCAAGUAAUAAUAAAGAAAUUAAAAAUUGUCUGACUCCUGUUCAGGAUAGAAAUUUGAUAAUAGUGAAUAUCAGUCCUCUAGAGUAUGGUCAUGUACUUGUAGUACCUCAAGUUGAUUCUUGUUUACCACAGAUAUUGACAAGGAAGGCUUUGCAAGUCGCUUUAGAAACAGUUUUACUUAGUGCUAGAAGGAGUUUUAGGUUGGGUUUUAACAGUUUAUGUGCUUAUGCAUCAGUGAAUCAUCAACAUUUUCAUGCUUAUUAUCUAGAACAUGAAUUAGUAGUGGAAUAUGGCCCAGUUCAACAUAUAACCGGUGUUUUAUAUCAGUCAGAUGUGAUGCCAGUACCUGGUUUUGUCUUUCAAACACAUGAAAAUUCAGUAUCGACACUUACUAGAGUAAUACAUAAAAUCACACAGUAUUUUCAGAAAAAUGAAAUAGCUCAUAGUGUAUUAUUAACAAGAGGGGCUGUAUUUAAUGAAGAUAAAACCAGUGAUAACAGAACGGUUAGAAUAUAUGUCUGGCCCAGACAAAAAUUUAAAGGUUCUAAGUCCUUGGUUGAAUUGCACGUUGCUGUGAUUGAACUAGGGGGUCAUUUACCUAUAAAAGGCAUGCCGCCUGAAGCAUUUAAUGUUGCUGUGGUAGAAAUGGGGGGACAUCUUCCCAUUAAAGAUGAGAAUUCCUACAAGAAUAUGACCGAAAAAGAAGCUGAUUCAAUAAUAGAAACAGCUAAACUACCAGAGGAAGAAUUCCAGAAAAUCAAAUCAGAUGUUACUAAAAUAGUAUUUGAGGAUUCUGAAGAUAAGAAUGAUAGUUGAUAAUGGUUUAAGUUAGAAUAUAUAUUCAUAUAUUUAUAGAUAAUGUGGAACGAAAUCUUGGUGCAAUGUCUUAUUUUAUGUUUUAUACAGUAUUUAACCUGGAAGGGACCAAAUGCAUAUUGCAUGAUAUAAAUAAUAUUAUAUCAAACUGUUAAUAAUUCACUUAAAGAUGCAUCAUGUAAGAUUUAGAUAAAGAGCUGACAGUUCCUACUGUAAUAGUUUUAAAAAAGAUAAUGAAAAAUGAAUAUAUUGAAAAUUUCAUUUAAAUUACUUUAUUCUGGGCGAAAUUCUAAGUUUUUUAAAGAUGCAACAUAGAUUAUUUAUUAUCAUAGCAUCGGUAGAUGGCAACCAAUACUAAGAUUAUCCAAUUUAUCGUUAAAUUUUUAAAAUCUUGUGUAUGUUCAAAUCCAUUUAAAUCUCAGCAAUCUGAUGUUUUAGAGAGUUGAUUAUUGGCAUGUUAUGUGAUAAAUGUCUAAAUAAUCAUUUAUAUAAGAUUUGAAACCAUUCAUUUAUUUUUUGAAUGGCAUUUGUAAUUGGAAAAUUAUCAAAUAAAACACUAUUUAUAGAUAUUAAUUAUUAUGGUUUAUUUCACGGCUAUGUUUCAACAAGAUUUCACAAGUCGUUAUCAUGCAAAUACACAAAUAGAUUUGAAGCCAAAAUAAAGACCUGCAAUAGGCUGAUUUACCUCUUACAUAAUGCAUCUUUAAGAUAUUUUAUUUAAAUACAAAUAUCAUGUACAAUGUUUUAUAGAUUUAAGUAUAACUGUUGAUAAGCUAUUUUAGUUAUAAUAUAUUUGCAUCUUUUUAUUGAAAACAUAAUCCACUAUAAUAUAAUGGCAUUUGCUCAUAUUUAGUUUAUAUAUUUUGGGGAUUAUGUACAAUACAUUUUUAGAGGUUUAUAUCUGUGUAUGGUUAAAGUAUUUUUAUGUCAUAUUAUACAUUUCUUGUUGUUCAAAAGUUACAACAAUGCUCCACUUUUCUACAUGAUCUGAUGUUGUAAUAUAAGAGAAACAUAUACUCAUCAAACAGCAGUAAUAUUUAAAAUCACUUUUAGAUAUGGUUAUUUGGUUGUGAGACAAAAGACAGUAGUUUAAAGCAAUAUGUGAACUAGAAUAAGUAAACCAACUAAAUCUUUCUAAACAAAAACUUUACCAUAUAGGACUGAGAAUGAGCCUGUCAGUAUGGGAGACUCGAGAGCAAUAAAAAUAUGAAUAUUCUCGCAAAGUUUGGGGGGCGGGGGUCUUUUGAGUUUUGAACUUACAUCGUUUUUGACAAAUUUUGAUAAAGAUUGCCACACACUAAAUCUGUGCAAAUGCUAGAAACAUCAGAAUAUACCCUAGAAAGCACAAUUUAAGGUUAGUAUUUCUAAAAGGUUGUGGCCCCUCAUGGGGAUAGGCUUGGAGGCCUCUUGCUCCUAGUCUGUCCCAUAAACUAUUUUGACCUAAAUCAAAGAGGUUUUGCUCCUUUAAAACAAAAUAUAUCAAAAUUUAUCUUAUCUAUGUCUUUAUUAUCCCUUUCAACCAGAUCUUGAUAUUUUUUACUAUAGAAUAUUAUGUCAUAAUUUAGAAAUGCUCUAGAUAAAAAGCAUAUCACUAUAUAAGAAAAAAAAAACUUUACUCCCUGAUGAGAAAUAUUGGAGAAUUGUUAUUGUAUUCCAAAGUUGGAAAGUUAUCUAGAACAUUUCAAGGAGGGUAAAAUAUAUGUAUUUCAUUUUUAUUUUCAAAAUAAAUUAUU